UUUUUUUGUCGAGAGAGGGCGCACCCACUGAAAAGAAAUCUGAGCUGAAUGCAAGAAGCUGACCGCGAGACGGUAGAUCAAGAUGAAUAUUCUUCCAAAGAAAAGUUGGCAUGUAAGAAGCCUGAGAAAUAUUGAACGAGUAAAGCGGGAUGAGGCACGGGCAGCAGACGAGAAUAAACAACGUCAGGAACGGGCCGCCCUGGCAGAGCAGGAGGCCAGGACAGCAUUACUGCGGCGAAAAGCUCGUCAGUUAACCUCCUCAGAUGACUCACCACCCUCUGGAUCUGUCCAAGAUGAUCGUCUCGCUUUAAGGGCCUCACUAGACCAGGGCAUCCAGUCACUGCAUGUCGAUCUUUUCAGUGAUCUUGGUUCUGAGAAGCCCAAAGGAGAAAAGAACAAAGAACACGAGAAAGAGGAGAAAGCCGCCAAAGAGCAGUACGAGAAGAAAAUUGGUCUGCUGGCCUACCUGGGUCAAAGUUCCGCUGAGGCGCAGACAGCCAAGCCCUGGUACUUCAAGCCUCCUGACCGAGUUGCUAAAACCGCGGCAUCUGAAGAACAGAGCUGCAUGGAUGUGAAGAGGAAGGCGAGCCUAGAUCCCAUGGUGGAAAUGGAGAAAUACCUCAAGGUGAAGAGGCCAAAAGGAGAGACUAGCGUGCCACCGAUAAAGUCCACUAUGAAAGAUGUACAUGUCGUCACCAGCAGAAUCCAAGCAGGUUUCCAAGUUGGCGUGGAUUCAGAUGUCAAAUCGCAGUCAAAAGAGCUGAACAUUAGCAAAGCCAGUUCGGACGAUAGAAGGUCAAAACACCGCAGCCACAAGAGUAAACACAAACAUAAACACAGACGAGACAAGGACAAAUCUGGAAAAUCCAAAGAAAGACGAGACAAACAUCAAAGCAGAGGGGACUCCAAAACGAAAGACGUACGCAAAGAUCCGAGCCGCGGGGGAAGGGAGGCGACGCAGGGGCCCAGCGUACAGCAGCUACGGGAGGAGCGACUGAGACGCGAGGCAGCUGAGAGAGCCAGGACGAACAGGCUACUGUCUGGGGAGAAACCUGAGGGUGGAGCCCAGAGGGAUUUGGUGGAAGAGGUGGACAGACCGGGACGGUACAAUUCACAGUUUCACCCUGAGCUGGCCCGUAGCCGACACAGGCAGGCCCACUACGGUGGCACGUGACGCGCCUGGCACAGACCCUCCAUGAACAAGCACUGGUCGUAUGGGUGGGGCCCAAGAUGAGCCAACGACAGCCGGCGGAGCUCCGGACA